AUGCCGACAGCCAAGCGCCAGAAGAAGGGGGCGCGAUCCCAGCCCAAGGAUCAGGCGCCAUCAGAAGCUGCAGCGGUCGGUGGUGAUCGACCUACUGUUUCCGAGAUCGAAGGCGAGAAUGAGUUCUCUCAGUUGGCGCGGAAACACUGGUUGAAACCCAGAAAGAAGGGCUCGGUCAUCAAGGUCAAGAACGACAUACUCAAGAAAGAUAUAUGGUCGGUUCUGGAGCGGGACAAUUUCCCAGACAAGUCGUUGCUUGUUCUUGAGGGGCUCCAGACGCUCGAGAGUUAUCUGUGGCCUGGCUACUCCGACGACUCUUCUAAUCACCAUGUCAUCCUGAUAGUUUUGCUCGUAAACGUCAAACGAAAGGAGCAGCUUGAGUCAUGGACAAUAUUCGAAGACAGACCUGACGAAUUUUCCGGUCUUUUCCGCCGGGUUCUGACCAUGACCCUGGAUCAUACCCUCUCCCCGACCAUCAGAAGCCAUCUACUGUCAUUCCUCAUAUCAGCCUUCCAGAGUCUGGACUGCGCGAUCGUGCGGAAAGAGUGCGCGCCAUUGGUCUCAAUAUCCAUUUGGCACAAUCUUUCGACAGACACGCUCAGGGAGACGAAGCUGGAGCAAUAUCCCCAUGUCAGGAAGGCAUGGAGGGCAGCCGCGAAGAGGCAUGAAGCAGCAGACGAAGCCACUAAGGCUCGUUUGCGCUUCGAGCGCUCCUGGCUGUAUACGCUCGUGUUGGACUUCUUGAAACGAUUGUACGAUGAAGAUACGAAGCUUGAGGCCUUUUACGGAAUUCGAAAGGACGUUGAGACUGCGGUUCGGCGACUCCGCCCUGAGGCACCGAAACCUGGCGAAGUCAAAUUUGUAGGCUCUUCAAAGAUGGCCCUGCCGGCAUCUAAAGUUUCCAUACUCGAAGUGGUUCCUGCGCUAGUCGGAGCCGACAAGCCAUCGAUUGUACGAGCAGAGCUGACUGUAGAUUAUCGACGAGUCGCCGAGGGCACCCGCCGAGAUUGGGACUCUCUUCGUCCGGAUGAUGUUGUGUUUUUGUUGGCCAUCGAACCUACGGCCUCCGACGGCACGGCCAAUGGCGAAGGGACCACCUCGGAAGCCCAGCGCUUAGGUGUCACGGCCAUCCGGACAGCAGAAGUAAUUGCGAUCACAGACGAUAAGGGCAGAACCGCGCGGGAGCUCAACGGCCGCCACGACGGGAAGCGCACGUUCCGCCUCAAACUCGAUGCUGGUACUUACGCCAGAGAUGCUGAUCUGACGGGUGAAAACGAACCUGCCGUCUACGGACGUAUCAACGUUAUCCUGAGGCGGAGUGGGCGAGAGAACAACUUCAAACCGGUGCUUGAGUCUAUACGCAGCCUGACACUCUCCGAUGUACCUGUCGCGUCGUGGCUUCAUGAAGUAUUCCUGGGAUACGGCGAUCCCGCCGGUGCAACCUACAAGCAAUUGCCCAAUCGUGUCAAGAGGCUCGAUUAUCGGGACACCUUUCUUGACUGGCAACACCUCAUUGAGAGCCUGCCUGGCAAAAUCAUUGAGCCUAACGACGAUGCGUCAGGGAGCUUCGGACCGCCGUACGUUCUGGAGGCCGCAGAUACGCCAGCUGUCCUGCUGCCGAAACCCACCAAGAAGCGUAGACGGGACGCGGAGCCCCCACUGUCGGUAGAGGUGGAAACCGUCAAAGUGUCCACAUACAGACCACCGAACGAGGGUCCCUUCCCAGUUGACGCCCCGAAGCUUAAUGCUAUUCGCUUCACUUCGGCUCAGAUAGAGGCCAUCACAUCCGGGUCACAGCCAGGCUUGACAGUCAUUGUUGGGCCGCCGGGCACAGGAAAAACCGACGUUGCGUCUCAAAUCAUCAACAACAUCUAUCACAACUUCCCCGAGCAGAGGACUCUCUUGAUCGCACACAGUAACCAGGCAUUGAACCAACUCUUCGCCAAGAUAAUUGCUCUAGACAUUGAUGAGCGCCACUUGCUACGUCUAGGCCAUGGAGAAGAAGAUCUUUACACAGAGGGAAGCUUCAGCAAACAUGGUCGAGUCGAGUCGUUCCUGGACAACCGUGACCGCUAUCUACAAGAGGUCACUCUUCUUGCAUCCAGUAUUGGUGCUCCCGGUGCGCAUGGCAACUCUGCUGAGACGGCUGGCUACUUCAACUCGGUUUACAUUGAGCCUGCGUGGGCCAAAUUCAUGGAAGCAGCAAAGUCGGAGACUGCCAUGACUGCCACUGUAAUCGAAGCCUUCCCCUUCCACAGAUUCUUCUCCACAGCACCUCAACCCCUCUUUCCUGAUGAUGCGGACCACCAGAAGGCGCUGGAAAUUGCCGAAGGGUGUUAUCGUCACAUCUCCAAGAUCUUCUCAGAGUUGGCUGAUGUCUUGCCGUUCGAAAUCCUUCGAAGGGACAAAGACAAGUCCAACUACCUGCUCAUCAAUGAGGCACGUAUCAUUGCAAUGACCUCGACACACGCUGCUAUUAAGCGUGAAGAGAUUGCCUCGCUCGGCUUUAGGGCCGAGCUCGACCUGCAAUUGCCAAUUUAUACAAGUGGAGGUAUCCGAAAACUGGACAGCCUGCCUCACGUACAAGCAAGCGACGAGUUCCUUAAGGCCAAUGCUGGCUUCAAGUUUGAUUACCAAUUUAUCAACGUGCCCGACUACAAGGGAAAGGGCGAGGCAGAGCCAACGCCUCAUUUCAUCCAGAACCUCGGCGAAGCCGAAUACGCUGUGGCCAUCUACCAAUAUAUGCGGCUUCUGGGCUAUCCCGCGUCAAAAAUCAGCAUCCUCACGACAUAUGCUGGACAGCGCGCCCUGGUCAAUGAUGUACUGGCACACAGAUGCAACAACAAAGCCGUCUUUGGGCGACCACGUGUCGUCUCUACUGUCGAUAAGUAUCAGGGCGAACAAAAUGACUAUAUCAUCUUGUCCUUGACACGCACGUCUCGGGUUGGCUACUUGCGAGACGUCCGACGCAUGACUGUCGCCCUCUCGCGAGCCCGUCUGGGUCUCUACAUCUUGGGACGACGGGAUGUUUUUGAGGCAUGCUACGAAUUACGUCCAGCAUUCGAGCAGCUCUUCCAGCGACCAGACAAAUUGAUGCUGGUCACUGGUGAAAUGUGGCCAUCUCAGCGACUUAUCGCCUCAGAAAGCGGAGAGGUGCCGGGUCAAGCAUGUAUGGAGGGCGUUGAGCACCUGGGACAGUUCGUGUACCAGAUGACCAACACGAAGGUAAAGCAGCUCGAGGCUGAACAAAACCCGGGAGGUGCUGGCCUCAUGGCUAUUGAAGAGGCGCCUGCAGACGAGGCUGGGGAUCAGGAGGCUGGCGAAGGGGAUCCUGAGUCGGUGGCUGCGGAAACGGAGGGCUGA